AUGGUCAUAUCAAUAAAUGUUUAUGAAUUUAAAGAAAAUAGAUAAAUUAAGACAAAUAUGUUUAAUAAAAUAAUUAAUUUGUGCAAUGUAUCAAUUAAACUAAAUAAUAGAUAUCUAAUUGUUAAGUUGCCAUUAAGAAAAUACAAUAUAUUAUUGAUAGUUAAAGUUAGAGCAUUCAAAGAAGAAAAUGGAAUUAAAUACAUCCAUAUUAAAAUUUAGUGCAAAAUGCUGAAGAUGCAAAUUAUGAAUUUUAAAUUUAUUUCUUUUCAGAAGUUAUUGUAGAAAGAAGGAUUAAAUUAAUUUAAUCUAAUGAUAGUAAAUGGAUGAAUUAAGAUGUUAAUGUAAGAAUUAUUUUGAAUUAAAAAAAAAGUAAAUCAUCAGCAUAUUGGACUAGAUUAAUCAAAGUAAUGAAUAAAUUAUAUAUAUAUAAGUAUGUAUAUUUGAUAGAUUGAUUGGACUAAAUAUAUCAACAAGAAUGGUGAGGCAGAAUUAGAAAUAAAAGGAUUGGAUGAUUGA